AAAAAACCCAUCGAAGUACCAGCAAAACGAGCGGCUCAGCUUUCGAGAAAUAAGGUCAAUUCACUGUUUCCAAGUCGUCCUGCCACAACAUUGCGUGCGACAUACCCCUUGUAAUACCAAACUCGCAAUUGCUACGUCUUUGAAUAUAGCGGUAAAUUGCAGAGCCGGCACCAUAUAUUAUUUGACCGGCAGUUGCAUCCUACAUGCUAACGGCUCAACCGUCUUCGAGCAUUCCUGGCGAUAACUCCGGAGAAGGCGCACAUUCAAGCAAUACCAUACAGCCAUCACUCAUAUCGUCGCAGCUGUCUUCAACCGGGUAUUCUGACUUGGGUCAAAGAAAUCCAUCGCAACCUACCGCUGUCAAUGUUGCCGAAGAAGUUGCCACCAGGAAUAACCGGAUACUUGAUAGAACAUGUCAGCAACUCGACAACUUCACGACGUAUGGCUUAGCAAUUGAUGAGUUUUAUCAAUGGUGCAAGGACGAAAGAGCAUACCAUCCCUUGAAUGAGCAAGCAAUAUUAAAGUGUCUUGAAAUAAUCAAGAAAAGAGCCCCUGAUUGGGGUAUGUGGUCAGCUCUGCGUGUAUUCACUGUUGCAAUGAAGUAUAGAGAUCGGCUUUCUAGUCAGUUCUCAGCUAUCCUUGCCGAAUGGUAUAGCCAACUGAAAGGUGAAGGUGGAAGCACGCCCAUAGCGAAAUUCACUACAGCACAUUCAAAUGAUCAACCCUUGAGUCCAAUAAGUGCUGGGGAUGCCGCUCCUAUCCAAUUGGCGCCGCCACAGUAUACUAGUUCGCCGCAGCAGAUACAUCAUAGUCAACAACAAAGACACUCGAGCUCCUACCCAUCGCCACCUAUAGCAAGUUCGAAUCCACAAUCAUAUCCUUCUACGUCCGCUAUAUCACAGCUACGACAAACAAAUGUUCCAGGGCGAUCGAAAGAGUCUGUAAAUAAUGUUAAUCCUCUAGUAUUUUCACAACAGUAUCAACAACAGCUAUUGCAGUGGCAACAUCUUUGGUUUAAUAUGCAGCAGCAAAAGAGGACAAUGCCUACUACCCUACCCAUUCCUACCCCUCUUAAUCCAUUGAAUAGACAGUCAGUAUCACUUAACCAGCCGAACAGACAAUCAGCUCUACCAUACCUUUCGAUACCCCAUCAUCAAACUUCAGCAUGCAACAGCUCCAACAAUAUAGGUCCAUCAGUCAGUCAAAUUUUACCUAUGUUGAACCAGCCUGCUGUCAACGUUCCAGGACCCAGGCAUUCCAUUACAGCAUCGCCCACAAUAACUGCAUCAUCUGAGACCAUCAGCAAUGGCUAUAUGCGACCACUUUGUCGUGCUAUAGCACCAUUCCAACCGCAGCAUGACCACCCUAUCGCCAAUGUAAACAUUAAUAUCAACGGUGAUAUUUUCCAGAGACUGUGGAUGAGGACUAUGUUCAAACUUCCACCUGCCCAGGUAGAUGAUAAGCUUCUUCCAAUCAGCUUCGUUUUAAAUUCAUGGAAAGCGAAGGGAACGGAAAGCAAAUGCGACUGGCCCGAGAAAGUGGACCUUGCAGUUAACGGUGCAGCCAUUGUACCAUUACGAAAACGAAAAGUGCAGAUUCCAAACAAAUCGCAAAAUAUGCAUAUGAUGGUUGGAAAAGAUCGACCACUGGAUCUUACGUCUAUGCUAAUGCCUGGCGCAAAUUCCAUCACCAUCAAACAGAAUGCAUGCGCUUGUAGCUAUGCUUUCGGGAUUACACUCUAUGUACGUGAAUCUGAACAGCUAAUCAGAACACGAGUUAUGGGCAGAAGAAAGACCAUUGCACAGGGGCAGCAACUUGUAAAUAAGCUAAUUGGUAUAAAAGAAAAUAUUCCUAAAUCGCCUCAAGCUGUAUCUGGACAACCAUCAAGGUCUCAAUGCGCAGUAUCUGAAUCUGUUGAAUCGUCAGUACAAAGCGGCGAGGACGAUGAAAUUGAGUGCAUGCAAGACUCCAUAAAGGUCAGUCUCCGAUGUCCUAUCAGCUUGUUGCGCAUCAAAGAACCGGUGAAAGGCGUCAAUUGCAGUCAUGUAGAGUGCUUCGAUCUGGUCUCCUACCUAUGUAUAAAUCAGGGCCUAUCGACAUGGAAGUGUCCUGUGUGUAGCAAAUAUACUACGUCUGCAUCCAUAAUCUACGACGAAUACUUUGCUCAGCUUCUGAAGGAUAUGGAUGAUAACAUUACCGAGACAGAGUAUAGCAGGACGUCAAGGUCGUGGAAGCCGGUCUCGUUUGCUACAGAUGAUGACGAUGAUGAUGGUAGUGAUGGUGAUGAGCCACCACAGCCUAAAGUCAAUUCAUUACAGUCGCUAUCGGUAACAGACAAACGAAAAUCUUGCCAAGGUCUAGUCAAUCUUAUUAGUGAUGACGAAGGCGACGAUGCAGAAAUCAAUGCUUCGGCUAAGCGGCCCAAAACCAAUAGUCUUAUGGAACAGCUAAUCCAAAAUGAUCGUGCAAUCGUUAGUCAGCAAGCCGGCAGCAUCUAUACUCCUUAUCAACCAACCACGACUGCGCAACUGCCAUCACCGAUAGGUUCCGAGAAUAAUGCGUUUCCGUUCCUCCAGCUUCCGUCACUGCCAAUGGACAAUCAGCCUUCAAAGCAUAAUGGCAACGUACCACCAACGGUCAUUUCAAGUGCAAUCAGACCUAGCGAAAUUCUUCAAGGUCAGGAGUCUGCCCAUGCACCGGUUCAUCCCUCAGACUUAAUUGAGGUAUCGUCUAGCUCGGUAACGGCUACCGUCCCAACGACUUACAUGCCCUACCCCAACAUUACUGCCAUAUCCACCGAGUCAGAGCCCAUGAUGACCCAAUCACCGUUUCCGUCAUAUCCAAAUCAUUCCUCCAUGAGCACUCCAGCUAUCAGGAAUUCUUCCAAAAGCAAAGCACCGUGUUCCAUAUAUUUGCCGAAAAAGAAGCUUUCACGGAGUUGAUCAUAGCGUGUUUGAAAGAACAGAAAAUUUGUGUAAAUUCUAGUUUUAUUUUUUCUUCUUGCAGCAUCCCAAUAUCCCACAUCAUCCCACCCCCCCCUUUAACCACUACUUAUGAUAUACACUCAUAUUACCAGUUUUCAAUUAUUACAAAGGAACGAAGACAAUGUUGCCUAUGUAUAUGUUAAUGAUACUGCUAUACCAUACAGUGUUGGUGGUCCUUACACCAUUGGUGACGCUCACGACGUCUACGUAGGUGAUAUCUGGUUUUUAUCGGGGCAAAGCAACAUGCGUGGGUGGGGUAACUUCAGGGACGUUCCCGGUGCUUCUACCGUAAUGGCCAAACCUCAUCCCAUGGUACAUUCAUUUCAAUCCUGCGAAUCUUGGGCACCGGCUAAAGAGCCCAUCCACAAUCUUGCGGAAUCCAUAAGA